AUGAUGGCCCGCCGCCUAAUCCUCCUCGUCGAUUUCGAUGAGACUCUGACCCGGACAGGAAAAGAUACAAUCUCUCUGCUAGCAUCCGCAGCCUAUAAAUGCCACCCAGCAGGAGCAAAUCUGCCACCAUGGAGUUAUUUCGUGGAUUCUUAUAUGCGUGACUACAACGAUCAUGUUGGGCAGGCACCAGUGCGGACAACACUGGAAGAAGAAACGGAGUUCCAAAAGUCCCUGAGAAAGGUGGAGAGAGCGAGCAUUGAUCGAGUUGAGGGAGAGGGGGUGUUCAAGGGUAUCAAGUUGGAGACACUGAUUAAAACUGCGGCGGAGAACAGGGGGGACAUCAUGAGGAAGGGAUGGGAGAAAGUUGUGGAUAAAGUUAGCAGGAGAGGGAGGGUAGCCAUUGUUAGUGUUAAUUGGAGUAGAUCGUGGAUUAGGAAAUGUUUUGAGGGCUCCGAUGUUGGGAAAAUUGACGUCUUUUCGAACGAGUUUCUGGUCAAUAGUCAGGACAUCACAACCGGAGGUUUGGACCGAUGGUUUGGCGAUAAAGAUGGUGGAAUCUGGACGGGGUGGGAUAAGUUACGGGUUAUGAGGGAUAUUGUCGAGAAGAACUCUGGUGCCGGAGAGGAAGGUUUAGUGGUUUACGUUGGUGAUUCAACAUCAGAUCUGCUGUGUUUAUUGGAGGCAGAUGUAGGGAUAUUUUUCGGAGAGAAGUUGGACAAGUCGUGUGAUAAACUGGGGAUAGAGAUAAGGGAAGGUUUGACGAAAGGAUACGUUGGAAAAAGCGGAGUAAGUUGUUUGGUUAGAGUGGAGCAGUGGAGGGAGAUAGAGGAAUGGGUUGAGGGACUUUGA